UAUAUGUUGUUUGACGAACAAAGGGGAGAAGUGUAUGAGAGAUCAGAUUGUGAUGAAGAGAUGAUUAGCUGCAGAGAUAUGACGGCACAGGAAAUGAAUCUGUUUCCCAAAAAGUGGACAAAAGGGGUGUUUGUGACCACAUAUUACGCCGAAUGCACUAAACUAUUGCCGUUUUUGAUGCAAGAAUUUAAAUCAAAGGCAAUGAUCAAUUGCACGGGUGUUGAGGCAAACAAGUUGUGCGGCGAUCGCACAGUGUAUCCAAUUCGUGGUCAAGUAUAUCGUGUGAACGCGCCGUGGAUUAGACACGGAGUGAUUGCCGGCGACCACUAUAUACUGCCAAACAGUGACUCAGUUGUGUUGGGCGGCACACAUCAGAACCACAAUUCUAGCCGAGAAGUGGACACUAAGGAUGGCGACGAUAUCAUGAAAGGAUGCGCUCAAUUGGUGCCCAGCGUUAAAACGGCACAAGUGGUGAAACAAUGGGUCGGUUUACGGCCCGCCCGGGAAUCGGUUAGACUGGAGGUAGAAGUGGUCACUAAUUUGGGCAAUAAGUUACAUGUGGUCCAUAACUACGGUCACGGAGGGUCAGGCGUUACCCUAUCGUACGGCUGUGCGCGAGAGGUUUUGCAUAAUGUUAAUCAGAUUCUGGCUACUAAUAUGUACUUACAAUUAUAA